GGGAUUGUAUGUUAAAUAGUAUUUAUAUUAAUCAAUGAAUACGCUAAUGUGUUUGAUGUAAAUGAGUUUAUUUUUUAACAAUAUCUUUUGCAAUUUUUAUUAUCUUCCACUCCGCUAUCACUUUCAUUCAACGAGGUAUUUUUUUUUUUUUAUAUGUCUUCGUCCUUGUGCUUUAUCAGGACGCCGAGUAGUCAUUUUGACAUGCGGUAUACAGCGACUGGCCUGGCUAUGAUUCAGCCACCUAAUAAUAUCGCUACUCCCCCCUUGUUUCAAUGUUUGAGAGAUAAAAAUACACGUAUCUGAAAAGUCCAGUAGUGGCAGCCAUGUCGAGACGAAUGCAGGACAAGGAGAAGGCCGAAAUGAUUAAGACGGUCAUGUUUCAGACACGCGCCGAGCCGUACCAAAUCAACCCUGAGUAUGACUCUUUCACCAGGUCUACUGUUGACUGCGAUCAAGUAUACGAAAACCUUUUUAUUGGAGAUAGAAAUGCGGCAAUGAGCAAACCAUUUUUGCGAAUGAGCGGAAUAACACAUGUUGUGAACACGGCAGAAGGUAGUGGCAUCGGUAUGGUGAACACUGACGAAGAUUAUUACAAGAAGUUGGGUAUAAAAUACAUGGGCUUACGUUUGAUGGAUCUUUCAGUAACCAAUGUCCUGAAACACUUUGAGGAUGUUGCUAAUUUUAUUGACGAAGCAUUGAAGAAUAAAGGUAAAGUUCUGGUACACUGCUACAUGGGGAUAUCAAGAUCAGCCAUCUUUACCUUAGCUUACUUGGUACUGAAACGUAAUAUGUCUGCAUGUGAUGCGAUGGCUUGUAUCAGAAAAAAAAGACAUAUACAUCCUAACGAUGGGUUUCUUGAACAAUUGGCUGUUCUAGACAACAAACUUAUGAGGCGAGCAUCUGAUACUAGUUAUUAAAUGUAAGAUUAAGAAAAUAAAUCAUUGUAAAUAUUUUUUCAUUUAUUGUAAUUAAAUUUACAUUGAUCAUUGUAAAAAGCAUUUGUUACAUAUGCCAAACGACAGAUGCCUAAUAUGUAUAAUGUUUUUUUUUUUUAAAUAGUUAAUCGAUGUCGUUUGUAAAUAAUAAAUCGAUGAAACUUAUAUAAAAAGUCAUUUUAUGUCUUAUCUCCAAAUCACCAUUUAAGAACUAUAUUUUGUUAAUAUACCUACCUGAUUAAUAACUUCACACGGCACGACAUUCUUUAAACCAUACAAAGAUGAUAAUAUCAAUCAAAAGUAUUGUAUAUAUAAUCAAGGAAAAUUUGGUUGGGAGUGAUGAAAUAGACGUUGAGUUUAAUAAGAAUAUUAUUACUGUUGAUAAUGUUUGCCGACAUUUCAGCCUCAGUUGGAGGCCUUCAUCAAAGCUAAUGAUAAACACAAACCUGUUUACAAAAUGCUGGAAACAUGUUGAUAUCAAUAUUAUUUGCAUGUGUAAUCUCAAGAAGCAACAUUUCGGCGGGAUGUAGGAUAACAUUGGGCAGCGUGACAUCAAAGAAAUUUGUUACGUGUUGCUAUUAUCUCUGUUGCCUAUUUAAAAUAAAAUAAAUGUCCAGGUAUGUACUGUGUUAUGUAAACAAACGGCCACGAAUACAAUUUUUUAUUUAUUGGU